GAAUGGAAGGAUUUCAGAAGGGCAAAUAUGGAGCUAUGGCUGAAGGUAGAUCAGAAGAUAACUUGUUUGCAACACCAGCGGCAUUGAGGAUUAUCCUAGUGGGCAAAACAGGCUGUGGGAAAAGCGCCACAGGGAACAGCAUCCUUGGCCAGCGAGUGUUUGAGUCCAAGCUGGGGGCCCAGUCAGUGACCAGGACGUGCCAGGCAGAAACAGGAACAUGGAACGGGAGGAAAGUCUUGGUGGUUGACAUGCCCUCCAUUUUUGAGUCAAAGGCUGAUACCCAAGAGUUGUACAAGAACAUUGGGGACUGCUACCUGCUCUCUGCCCCGGGGCCCCACGUGCUGCUUCUGGUGAUCCAGCUGGGGCGUUUCACUGCUCAGGACACAGUGGCCAUCAGGAAGGUGAAGGAAGUCUUUGGGGCAGGGGCCAUGAGACAUGUGGUCAUCCUCUUCACCCACAAAGAGGGCUUAGGGGGCCAGGCCCUGGAUGACUAUGUAGCAAACACAGACAACCGCAGCCUGAAGGACCUGGUGCAGGAGUGUGAGAGGAGGUACUGUGCCUUCAACAACUGGGGCUCUGGGAAAGAGCAGAGGCAGCAGCAGGCAGAGCUCCUGGCUGUGAUCGAGAGGCUGGGAAGAGAGCGAGAGGGCUCCUUCCACAGCAACGACCUCUUCCUGGAUGCCCAGCUGCUCCAAAGAGCUGGAGCUGGGACCUGCCAGGAAGACUACAGGCAGUACCUGGCCAAGGUGGAAUGGCAGGUGGAGAAGCAGAGACAAGAGCUGAGGGAGAAUGAGAGUAACUGGGCAUACAAGGCGCUCCUCAGAGUCAAACACUUGAUGCUUUUGCAUUAUGAGAUUUUUGUAUUUCUUUUUUGGUGCAGCAUCCUUUUUUUAAUUAUUUUUCUGUUCCUCUUUCAUUAUAUUUAAAUCUCUGGACCCUGGAGCACUUCUAACGUAUCACCCCAUGGAGUCGUUGUUCUAAUAAUCACCAAUUCAGACUCGGAUCCUCAUGGUCUGUGGAGCACGCUGCUUGCUGUCUGUGCAGCUCCCAUUUCCCCUUCUACCUUAUAGACUUGGAGCUGUGUGCCUCCACUCCAAGGCUGCCUGCCUGGCUGCUGUAAACACUGUCCCACUCUCUCUGCCAAUGACUGCUUCAGGAACGGGCCUGAGAUCCCAUGCAGGUCCAUGAUAAGUGAGUAAAAGUCUGCAGAGGUGGGGAUGGAAGAUCUCUCCUUAGAUAGAACCUAUCUUUGUCCCUGGCAUUGUGGGAUCUGGGUGUGACGCUGGGACUGUCAGCAGCUUUGUGCUGCCAACCUGAGGUUUGAAGGCAGUGCCUCAGAGCAGCAAAGAGAGUUGGGGCCACCUGAGCCCUGAGCCACCAGCCCUGCAGCCUGCCCCGUCUCUGCAUUUCCAGUUGUGUUAGCCAAUAAAUUUCCUACUUAUUUAA